AUGGCUGAGACGGCCCUCAGUGCAUUUGCUUCGGGCGAGCACAGGCACCAGGCAGGGCCCAGCCAGCCAGAGCCUGCGGAGGCCGCUGUGCGAAGUAGCAAGCGCAAGCGGGGUGGCUUGAAGCACAAGAAGUCGCACAAAAAGCUGCGCAGGGCCAAGAAGAAGACGCCUUCCGCGGCGGAGGCGCGCGUGGGCCUUGUCUCACAAGGCCCGCAACAGGAGGCUGCGCGCUCUCCACGGGAAUGGGGUGCUGCAGCUCAACCACCUAGUCGUGCAGCGGUUUGCUUCCUUGCGGUGCCUGUGCUUCGAGAGACCGAUGAGGUCCUGGAUGUGGCCUCUGAGGCGCUUCAGGAUGUGAUCCUAGAAGGAAGCGCUCAGGUGCGGAGCGCGCUGAACGUCGUGGGUAUGGGGGUCCAGAUGGUGGCGGUCUGGUUCGUUUCCACGAUGAUGAUGAAUCUGUGGCAGCGUUGCAGGAACGGCAACACUGCUGAAUACGGAGCCCGGUUGACAGAGCUCACUGACGGAGGGUCGGUGUGGGUGGUCAAGUCCAAGCGAGGAGCUUUCCACCAAGUCAACCUAAAGAAAGGGCAUGCGAGCUGCGCUUGCCGACAGUAUGUGGAGGAAGGUGUGCGCCCUCACAUCAAGGCAGCUAAAGAGCAGCUGAAGCGGCUGGCGCUUCCGUCUGAGCCGGCGGAACCUCCAAAGGCCAGCCCACUGCGCGAAGCGCUGCCCAAGGAGAAGGGUCGAGGGGAUCGGCCGGAGCCGCUGGCCUUGCAGGACAGCAAAGCUUCCACUCCGGAGCUGCUUCCGGAGCCAUCCCUUCAGACUGAUGUUGAGCUACUUGUGAACACAGCGAGCCAGGAUCGGAUCUUGAACAUCUUGGCCGGCGCUGGAGAAGUGAUGAUGACUGCGUACACGUUCGAUCAGCCCGACGUGGUGGACAGUCUCAUCAGGCGCCCUGGAGUUACGAGACUCCUUGUUGAUCGAGGCCAGAGCGUGGGUGAGCGGACAAAGCUUCAGAGGCAAUCUCUGUUGCAGGUGGCCCGCGCAGGCAUCCGAGUGCGUCUGACCGCAGGAUCUUCGAUUGCGGAAGCUUACGCCGGGGAUCGCCGUGGCACGUCCGUUGGCAAGAGCCUCAAGGGCAUCCAGCAUUCAAAGACUUUCUGUCUGAGGGGCGCAGAAGGAGCACCAAGCUUCCUGGUCGUGGGAAGCUCAAACUACACCACGAGUAGCAGGGCGAACGUGGAGCUCGGGUUGCUGGUCAGCGGGCCUUGGGAGGAUGAAGUCUUCCAUGCGUACACCGACCAGUUCGAGCGGCUCUGGGCCGUCUCCGAGAUCUUUGGAGGACCCUCCGGAGAAGGAGACGAAGCCGUCGCGGAGGCGCGUGACGUGCAAACAGAGCCAGGGUGA